CGGGAGGAUCAGGUGACUCGGACCCGAAUUCCAGCAGGACUGGGGCUCCGAAUGGCCCAGAAUCUAGCGUGGGCUUAGGCCUCGGAGGGAGAUGACCUCGAUCUUACGGAGCCCUCAGGCUCUCCAGCUUACUCUGGCUCUGAUCAAGCCUGAUGCAGUUGCUCACCCACUGAUUCUGGAGGCUGUUCAUCAGCAGAUUCUGAGCAACAAGUUCCUUAUUGUACGAAUGAGAGAACUUCUGUGGAGAAAGGAAGAUUGCCAGAAGUUUUACCAGGAGCAUGAAGGGCGUUUUUUCUAUCAGCGGCUGGUGGAGUUCAUGGCCAGUGGGCCAAUCCGAGCCUACAUCCUCGCCCACAAGGAUGCCAUCCAGCUCUGGAGGACAGUGAUGGGACCCACCAGAGUGUUUCGAGCAUGCCACAUGGCCCCAGAUUCAAUUCGUGGGAGUUUCGGCCUCACUGACACCCGUAAUACAACCCAUGGCUCAGACUCUGCGGUUUCAGCCAGUAGAGAGAUCGCAGCCUUCUUUCCCGACUUCAGUGAACAGCGCUGGUAUGAGGAAGAGGAGCCCCAAUUGCGCUGUGGCCCUGUGCGCUACAAUCCAGAGGGAGGCAUCCACUUUGCAGCUGGAACAGGAGGCCCAGGGCCAACCUGACGCAGGCCUGUUGGUCUGUGAAGAGUGGUGGCAUUGCCCAGCCUUUUCUCGCAGACCUCUGGUCCAGAGCAUUCUCCUAGGACCAGGGAGGCCUGGGGCUCAUUGUGCCAUCUCUGCUGGGCACCGCCACCUGCAUAAGAGCCUAGCUCCUCACUGCUACCUCUUCUAGAAUCUAACUCUCUAUCUACCUCUUCUCUGGAAUGUUCAUGGGUGGUUCAGAGGAAUGAUGGCUCCUUUUUUUUCUGAGAACUGUUCAUCUUUUCUCAAGGAGAGGCUUGCCUAACUGACUUGCCUGAAAAAUGCAGUGACCGUAUUAGCAACAUUUGGUCUAUUUUCCUUAAUAAAGGUCAGUAUUCUACUGAAUCCUGCAGGCUGGGAGCACUACUCUAUGUACUGUCUCUCUGUCCCUAACUGGAGUAAUGAAAUCUGUCCUGAAGUCAAGUUUCUGGUCUAUGCUAAGUAAAGAGAGAAUCGUGGGACUUGCCUAGUAGUGCAGUGGUUAAGAAUCCGCCUACCAACGCAGGGGACACGGGUUCGAGCCCUGGUGCGGGAAGAUCCCACAUGCCGCGGAGCAACUAAGCCCGUGCGCCACAACUACUGAGCCUGUGCUCUACAGCCCGCGAGCCACAACUACUGAAGCCCGCGCGCCUACAGCCUGUGCUCCACAACAAGAUGAAGCCACCGCAAUGAGAAGCCUGUACACUGCAACGAAGAGUAGCCCCCGCUCGCUGCAACUAGAGAAAGCCUGCGCGCAGCAACGAAGACCCAACGCAGCCAAAAAUAAAUAAAUAAAAUAAAUUAAUUAAAAAAAAAAAAAAAAAGGGAGAAUCGUGAAGAAAUCUCCCAGGAGGUUCACACACAGUGUGCAGCUUAUGUAGUGCAUGAGGCACCCAGUGAUGGAGCUGACUGGGGGCUCAAAUCCAUGCUGUGCACCUGGCACAGGGCUGCAUCCUGGAAGAAGGGGCACCUUUUGUUUGAACAAAAGUAUGUCUGCCCAGUAGAGGCAUAUUGUUAUGACUCAACUUUUUUUUCCGAUUUGCACAAAGCCACUAAAGCUAGCCAUGUCUCUGCUGUAGCUGAGGAUGACAGUUAUCUACUAUUGCAUGACAAAUCACCUCAAGAUUUUGUGGCUUAAAACAAUGACUUAGGGACGUCACUGGUGGUCCAGUGGUUAAGAAUCUGCCUUCCAAUGCAGGGGAGGCGGGUUCGAUCCCUGGUCAGGGAACUAAGAUCCCACAUGCCACGUGGCAAUUAAGCCCGUGCACCCCAACUACUGAGCCCGUGCGCCACAACUAGAGAGCCCACGUGCCACAAACUACAGAGCCCACGCGCUCUGGAGCCCACGCUCCACAACUACAGAGCCCACGCACCACAACUAGAGAGAAGCCCAUGCGCUGUAACAAAGAGCCCACGUGCCGCAGUGAAAGAUCCCAUGUGCCACAACUAAGACCUGAC